AGUCAUUAAAGGGCAAACUAGCCCUACUUUAUUUCACAGAGUUAAGAAAUGAUUCAAUUAAUAUGAAAAGUAUGUCGAUACAUAAUUAUGGUUAUUAAGUGUAUGGUGCGCUUUUGAAUACUUCUAUCGUAUUGGCUUUUUCGUAUACAUUUACAAUAUUACUGCAAAGAGCAGUGGUUAUUUAAAAUCGAUCUUAGUGAAAUCCGCUUUUCAAGUUAUCUAUAACAAUGUGGUUUUCAGUUCAGGUAUGGAUUGAAUGAAUAUUUGUACGAGAAUUUAGUUGGAAUACUUCUGUUUGGAUAUUUAUACGAAAUGGCAACUGAACGCAGAAAAACUGGAAAGAAAACCGAGUCGGCGAGAAGGGGACUUAGACAGGUACCUGUCGCUGAUAAAGAAAACAUUAACGGGUAUGACCACCUCAGAGAUGAAAUCAAUAAAAUCUGGACAUCGUGGGUCGAAAAUAACUCGAAUGUAAGUGAUUUAUGGAGAAGAAUUGAACAAUCAGGUCUUGAAAAUGCACAAAAAAAGCUGUCAACAUCAAAAACAGAGCUGGCCGUUAUAACAGGAGUUUCGUCAGAUGAUGCUGAUCAUAUUUGUUCUGUGAUGGUAGAGUUCUGUGAAUUGUUAAACUGUAUACGUCUUGCAUAUGUGGACAACGAAAGCGAAAUAUUUGAUGGAGACGAACGAGAAAAGAAGUUUUUGAAAGUAUCAUGUCCAGCAAUAUUGGACAUUUGGAAAAGUUACAGCAUGUUUGCUUCUGAUUAUGCUUCGACAUUUAUUUCCAAAGGUUGGUUGAAUUCGUCCGAGCACAAAGAUUUACUGGCAUCAGUCGCUGAAGUAGCUGGUAGUAGUGCCAAACUGCUCGUCAUGGCAGUCAACAUGGAUAGCUAUCAUAAUCUAGACGAUACUGAAGACCUACUUAAAGACGCGAUACAAGCAACAGUUGAUGUAUGCAAGGAAACUGAAGAUCUGUUGGCAAAAACGAAUGCGCUAGGUGAAAAACAUACAGCUGUUGACAAAUUAACAGAGAUUCUUGGUUGGAUGUUUUAUGGAAUAAGUCACAUGUCAAACAAAGUUAUAAAAGUUGGAAUAGAAGCAAGAGCCCCAGACAAUAGUUUUGAGGACUUUGAUGUACUGACGACAAAGAUUGCUGAAUUGACAAAACAGAUGCAAGAAAAAUGGGGAGAACCACCAAAAGAAGAAAGUUCGCCUCCACCCCAACAAGUUCAAGAAAAGAAGCAAAGCAAUAAAAAGAAAAAGCCAUCUAAAACGACAGUAAUCAGUAAAGAUACUGUGAAAAUAGAAGAACCGACGGAAGACAAAAAGACUAAGGAGAGUUACCUUGAUGUUAUCUCUAAAUAUAACGAAGCAUAUGGCAAGUUCAGUGAGGAGGCAUGGAAAGAUAAGAGGUUACCAAGUAUGACUGGGUCUGGUGGGGUGCAAGUUAAAUAUAGAACAGAAUGUUACAGUCAGAUAGGGAAACUACGUGUUGGCGCAUGCGCUAUGACUCAGAGGAAAGAACAUCUGGACAGCUUGGAAAUAACAGACGAUCAUAUUUUACAUUCAGAUGUUUUCGUGAUAACACCAAGUGCACUCAACUGUAGCCAAGAAGUGACUAUAUAUGUUCCACUAUUAAAGAUAAAGGAUACCGAUAUUAACGAUAUCUACCUGAACUUAAAAUCAGAAGGAAAGUGGCAAGAGGUCAAAAAUCCACAAAUUAUACAGAAUGACGAGCAAAGUUUUAUUGUAUUCAAUACAAUGACAUGUGAAGCAUUUACUGCAAUGUCAUACUCAUCGCCUGACACUAUUUUGUUAACACCAAAGGGAGCUAACUAUGUAUGUCCAGAUAACGGGAAAUUGGAAGUUAUAAUACCAGAAAAUUGCUUCACAUCGGAUAUAUCACUAGAAAUUAAGGUUGUACAGUUUGACAGAAAUGGGAACGACAACACAUUAGUAGGUAUUGUUGAUGCCUCAGAUAUUGUUCAUAUAUCCUCUCGGACUGAAGGUGCGGAGAUGAAGAAACCAAUCACCGUCAACCUUCCAAUUUAUGAGGACGUUGAUGACAAAGAUACAGAACUUGUCGUCGCAAGAUGUAAUGCGACAGAAGUGCAGGUGCUGGAUAAAAAACAGAUAGCCAUUAAAGCGGGUGAUCGGAAUGAUGUUUACAGUGUUGAUAUGAAAGGUUUUUGGAGUGUGGCCAUAUUACGAAUCAAGAGAAUAUUUCUUAAUAUGCGAGAAUCCAUUAAGAGGGAGUUUUAUAUCGGCUUUGGUAUUAAACAACCUUGCUAUAUACUUACUUUUAUUGACGAUCUAUCUCGCGGAGAUGAAAUGCAAACAUUUGCCAUGGAAGUUGUUGAGAAAGACAAAGCAGACAUAGUUGCAGAUGAGAAAUUGCAAGCAAAAUUAUUCGAAAUUAAGAAAGGUAGAUCUAAGGAAAUUCUUCUGAAACGAGGCGACCAGAUUCUGAUGCACGUGGACGGACAAAUGAGGUGCUCUGAGGCUUCAUCUGAAGAAGAGCAAACGCUCUGUUAUCUCAAUGGCUGCACUAAUGUCAUCUCCAUAUCAACAGAGAUUAAAAGAGAUCCAGAAAAGAUGCCAGAUGCUAUGUUAUUUUACAAACAGAAACCAAAUGAUACGACGCUUCACUCGAUAGCCAUUGUGACAAGGGAAUUAUCGGAAUUACCGACAGAUCAAAUUGCAGCCCGGACUGGCAUGCAUACAGUCUUUACCGACACUAAAAAGGGAAAACAAAUAGACGAGUCGGCAAUACAAAUUUUGAAAAUGGAGAGUCUAAUGUCGUUAGCAAGAGAAUUGACGUUUGACGAUGCGUCUAAACUUGGUGAACAACUCGGAGUAAAGCCAGAGGUGAUCAAACAGAUUAAAGAGUCUAAUGAGAAGGACCCUGUUGUUGGCAAUUUUCAAAUAUUGUGCCAAUGGAGAGGACCGAGAGCUCGUGCUGCCAUGGCCGACUUUUUGGUGAGCAGUUUAAAGGCCGUCGGCAAGAUGAAUUACGCAGAUCUUGUUACUGAAGUCAGAAAACAUAACAGAGGUUUGGAAAGAACAGAUUUCCAUAAACCAAAAGACCACCGGAAAAUUGCAGCUUAGAAUUAUAAUUAUAAAAUAGCCAAUUUUCUGGAUUGCCAUGUUUUUAAUGGUAUUUAUACUUACACCUAAAUGACACAUCUUUAAAUUGACAUGAUAAAGUUAAUUUAAGGAAAUCAUCACUGCUCAUAUUUCACUGACAUAUGAAGCCACUGUAUGUAUUUACACAGACAGUAUUUCAAUUACUUACAAAGGCGUCUUUGAUAUUAAAUAGAAAAUUUCAAUGACAAAAAAACUGUAAAAAAAAGUUUACCGCCUGUCUCAAUGCAUUCCGUAUAUAACUGCCUUAAUUCUUAAUGCUCUGUGUGAUUUAUUUAUUUAUGUAUUUAAUAAUCUAUAUAUCCUUCGUUGUAAAUAGUUAUAAAAUAGUUUGAAGUGUCA